CCCGGGCCGGCCCUGAGCCCCGCCUCCAUGCCCCAGCCACACUUCCCGGACCCGAACCCGCCCGGGGCGGAGCUGCACCAGGUGCGAGUCUGGGGCGUGGCGGGCGCCACGGAGCGCCAGGUGCGGCUUCCGCGUCAAGAUGGCCGCCACCAAGUGGGCCGGGGUCUGGCUCUCAUCCCGAGGCCGCCUUCCCGCCAGGCGCCCGCUGCUGCGAGUCGCCCUCUGCCUCCUGUGCUGGGGCCCGGCGGCUGUGGGCGCCGUCCCUGAGCUCGGGCUCUGGGCAGCGACGAUCAAUGACAAAUCAGGACCUUUGAUAUUUAGGAAAACUAUGUUUAACUCUACUGAGAUCAAGUUUUCUGUUAAGUCAUUCCGUUGCCCUGGGCCUGUGAAGUUCACCAUAGUGUGGCUUUUGGAGCAUCAUACCUGUCACAAUGAAUAUUCUGAGCUGGAAGAGCUGUCACAAAAACAUGAACUUAGUGUCACUGAAGACUUCUGUGGUCAUUAUUUCAAGAACAGCGAAUGUUGGGCAACAAAAAAUGAAAACUUAGAUUGCAACAGUGAUUUACAGGUGUUUCCCUCAUUGAAUAAUAAAGAACUAAUAACAAAUACUGGAAAUGUUUCAAACCUGGAAGGGUCAGCAGAUGUUAUAGCCAAAACACAGAGAGAUGGGUUUCAUAUCUUUAUUAUUUCUAUUAAAACAGAAAAAACAGAUGCAAGCUGGAAUUUGAAUGUUUCUCUUUCUAUGAUGGGGCCUCAUGGAUAUAUCUCUGCAUCAGAUUGGCCUCUGAUGAUUUUCUACAUGGUGAUGUGUAUCGUUUAUAUUUUAUAUGGCAUACUCUGGCUGAUGUGGUCUGCCUGCUAUUGGAAAGAUAUAUUAAGAAUCCAGUUCUGGAUUGCAGCUGUUAUUUUCCUGGGAAUGCUUGAAAAAGCAGUUUUUUAUGCUGAAUACCAAAACAUCAACAGCACUGGGUUAUCAACCCAAGGCUUACUGAUCUUUGCGGAGUUGAUAUCUGCGAUUAAGAGGACGCUGGCUCGCCUCCUGGUGAUCGUCGUGAGCUUGGGAUACGGCAUUGUGAAGCCUCGUCUAGGAACAGUCAUGCACCGGGUCAUCGGACUGGGGAUUCUUUACUUCAUCUUUGCGGCUACUGAAGGCGUGAUAAGAGUCAUUGGGGCAAAUGAUUCUGAUCUUGUGCUUCUGGCCAGCCUCCCUCUGUCUCUUCUUGACUCUGGCUUGUGCUGGUGGAUUUUUAUAAGUUUGGCACAAACUAUGAAGACUCUAAGGCUAAGAAAGAACACAGUGAAAUUUUCUUUGUACAGGCACUUUACAAAUACCCUGAUCUUUGCCAUAAUGGCAUCUGUAGUGUUUAUGCUGUGGACAACUAAGACAUUUAGAAUUGCAAAAUGUCAAUCAGAUUGGAUGGAACGCUGGGUUGAUGAUGCAUUUUGGAGCUUCCUUUUUUCCCUUAUCCUUAUUGUAAUAAUGUUUUUGUGGAGACCAUCAGCAAAUAAUCAGAGAUAUGCCUUCAUGCCCUUAAUAGAUGAUUCUGAUGAUGAAAUUGAAGAAUUCAUGGUAACAUCUGAAAAUUUAACUGAAGGAAUAAAAUUAAGAGUCUCAAAAACGGUUUCUAAUGGAACAGCUAAACCUGCUACUUCUGAUAAUUUUGAUGAAGAUUUGAAGUGGGUGGAGGAAAACAUUCCCUCUUCAUUCACAGAUGUAGCUCUUCCAGUAUUAGUGGAUUCAGAUGAGGAAAUUAUGACCAGAUCUGAAAUGGCAGAAAAAAUGUUCUCUUCAGAAAAAAUAAUGUGAUUGGAACCCACAUAAAUGAAGCCUACAUAACAGGGAAGGAUUUCCUCAAGACUAAAAGAGAACUUUGUUUUGAUGUAGUACAAUAAGUUUUUAUUGCAUGAUCUUGGAAAUCUAUGUACUAAAAUUAAGAAUUCAGAUGGUGGGAGGGUUCUGCAACCCUUAUUAAGCUGACUCUUCAAUGUCAGUUUAAUGUCCACUAAAUUGCCUGGACUUUGCGAUGACCUGAGAGAAGUAUUAGAAUAAAGAUAGGUGCCCAGAUGCCCUUAGCUGAUGGAUGGCAGGCGAGUGGGUUUGGGUUCUCUUUUUUUUUCCUGGGAAAUAUGACAAUUUAAAACAACUUUUUUAUAUCAACACUCCUACUGUUCUUCCACUGACCUUUGUUUGAUUCAGGUGAUGUGAUUCUUCUGAGGUGUGGUAAACCAGUGUCUCCAUCUCUUGGGUUUAUAGUUACUAGGUGCAGUAAUAAUUCUCUUUGAUUUUCAUGCUGAUGCUAUUUGAUAAGAAGUAAAACUUGGUUAACGUUGGAACAUAAGGAUGUUUAUAUGGUUAGGUUUGCCAUGUGUGUGU